GCCUGAGUGUGGGCCUGGGGCCUGUGUGGGGUUAAGGCCUAAGAUUGGGGCUGGGACCUCAGUGUGGGCUUAAGGCCUGAGUGUGGGGCUGGGGCCUGAGUGUGGGGCUGGGGCGUGGAGCAGCCCUGGCUUUAGCUCAAGGAAUUGCCCCAGAGUGACUCGAGGCUCUGGUGGGCAACUGCAAGGCCCCAGGUGUCCCCCCCCACCAAAAAAAAACCCCCAGCCUGACACGUCACCUUGCUCUCUUCCACUUUGCCACCUCGUUUUCCCCACUUCUAACAGCAUCCAACCCCGAGAAGAAAAUCCGACGGCAUCCAAAGCAGCUUCCAGCUUCCCCAAGUGCUCACCGCGGCGUGGUGGCACCAUGUUCGUUGCCAAAGGGGCUUGGACAUUGGUGGCCCCAGGACAACUUCCUGCCCACAUCCCUCCUGCCCCAGGACCAUCCCUGGAGCCACCCCUCCCCACCCACCAGCUCAACAUCCCCGCUUCCCCACCUCAUCCCAGCCCUCACCGCUGCUCCGACUGCGGCAAAACCUUUGCCGCCCGCUCCCGCCUGGCUGUUCACCGACGUGUGCACACAGGUGAGCGACCUUUCUCCUGCCCCCACUGCCCCAAACGUUUCAGCCAGAGCUCGGCGCUGGGUUUGCACCUCCGUCUGCACACCGGCGAGCGACCUCACGUCUGCUCCGACUGCGGCAAAGCCUUCGCCGUCUCCUCACACCUGGCUGUUCACCGACGUGUGCACACCGGAGAGCGGCCCUUCGCCUGCUCCCACUGCCCCAAACGUUUCAGCCAGAGCUCGGCGCUGGCCCUGCACCUCCGUAGACACACCGGGGAAAAGCCUCACGCCUGCACUGACUGCGGCAAAGCCUUUGCUGUGGCUUCGCACCUCGCAGCUCACCGCCGAAUCCACACUGGGGAGAAGCCAUUUCCGUGCCCGAGCUGUGGGAAGUGCUUCAGGCAGCGCUCCGGACUCGUCACGCAUCAGCGGGGACACAACGCUCGGAAGCCCUACAAGUGCACCGAGUGUGGCAAAGCUUUUGGGCAGAGCUCACACUUGAUGCGACACCUGGGCACCCACACGGGCGAGAAGCCCUACAAGUGCAGUGCCUGCACCAAGAGCUUCACCCAGAACUCCAACCUGCUCCAGCACCAACGCACCCACACUGGUGAGAAACCCUACGAGUGCAGCGCCUGCGGCAAACGCUUCGGCUGGAGCUCCAACCUCAGCCAGCACCUCCGCCUUCACAGCGGCCAGAAACCCUUCCAGUGCACCCAGUGUGACAAAUGUUUCAGCGAGAGCUCCCGUCUGGUGGAACACCAGCGCACCCACACUGGUGAGAAGCCCUACCUCUGCCCCGACUGCCCCAAAACCUUCAGCCGUAGUUCCCACCUCGUCCGUCACCGCCGCCUCCACGCUGCUGAGCAGGGACCCAGCCCUGCCCUGGCUGUGCAGCAGGGGCUCUGAGGGGGGACGGGAGGUCGUGAUUCAUCAAGAGGGUUUGCCCUCUUGGUGCCCAUCAUCAAAAGAAAGGUCCAUGGUGCGACCUACGGCUGCUGCAGCCCUUCUUUGGCGGCCCCUGGGAGCAGGGUUUGGCCCUGCGGAUGUUUGUCAUCGAGACAAAGAUUUCAGGAAGAUCUGUGAUGUGGUCGGGGGAGUCUUAGGGCUUCCCCAUGGUGGCUACAGGGACGCAGUCAGGCCCUGAUCAGACCAUUCAUCAGCACAAAGACUUGGGGAGGACCUUUGAUGUGUCCGUGGGCUCCUAUGGCAUUUCUGCAGCGGCCCUGGGGACACGUGUGACUCCAUCAACGUCUGUUGUUACGGGGAGCCGAUGUGGGCAAAGAGCCACGGGACUGCGGACAGAAUUGGCCACAAAGACUUUGUGAUGUGGUCAGUGGCUACGCAGCCCUUCUGAGGUGGCCAUGGGAUGUGGACAAGCCCUUUUGGUGGCCAUCCUCAACACAAAGACUUGGGAAGGGCCAACGGAAAAAAGAAUUGGCCCUGCUGGUGUCCCCACUGGCUCUUGCAAAAGCCACCUGGGCCACCGGAGUUGACACUGGGGCUAAACAUAGGCACAGAGACUUGGGGAGGACCUGUGACAUGGCUGAUGGCUACUGCAGCCCUUCUGUGGUGGCCGUGUGCCCGUGAUCCAGCCCUGCUGACACCCACAGUCUGCUGGGUGAGAGCCUCACGGGCAGGCAGUGGGGUAGGUGGGAUUUUUAAGGAAAACAGUUGCAUUAAUGGCACUAAAUGAGUCCUUAAAA